AUGCGGAAGAAGGUGACCUUCCUGAACAAAGAGUUAAGCGAUCACGUCCGUUUGAGCAUGUUAGCAUAUAUUACUUCGGUCCGAUUUCAACACUCAAAUCAGAUAACACAGAAGACAAAUGUUAUGGAUACAUAA